UGGACUAACUUUGUCUUAUGCCUGCUGAACUUAUUUGUUCCUUACGUUCUUUGGAAUCUCUCUGAUUUCACAAACACUUCAAAGCACGUCAUGAAGGGAGAUGGCAGUGCAAUUUGGAAUCUGAUGUGGAAGUACUGUGUUUCUGUCAGGACAAUCAGUGUUGAAGGCGAAGCUCCAAGUAGUGAAACUGGCACGUCUUUGGAUAGCCCAUCUACUUACCAUCAAGGACCUAUAACCCAUAGUUCGGCUAUAAGCCCAGACCGUUAUGACCAUUCUGCUUACGGGCUGUACUCUGUCUCCCCUGGGCCGCAAAGAUCUCGGAGGCCUAAGCUUCAGCACUCAACAUCAAUACUGCGAAAACAAGCAGAGGAAGAAGCUAUUAAAAGGUCAAGAUCACUUUCUGAGAGCUAUGAACUCUCCUCAGACCUACAAGAUAAGCAGGUGGAAAUGCUAGAACGGAAAUAUGGGGGCCGUCUCAUAACUAGACAUGCUGCUCGUACUAUACAAACAGCUUUUCGCCAGUAUCAGAUGAACAAAAAUUUUGAGCGGCUUAGAAGUUCUAUGUCUGAAAAUCGUAUGUCAAGACGCAUUGUGCUGUCCAAUAUGAGAAUGCAGUUUUCCUUUGAAGGACCUGAGAAAGUCCAUAGCUCCUACUUUGAAGGGAAGCAAGUUUCUCUUACAAAUGAUGGGUCAAAAAUAGGAGCCCUUGUCCAAUCUGAAUGUGGUGACCUCGGGGAUUCAGCCACAAUGAAAUCUCCAGCAGCAUCCACUGAUUUUGCUGAUGCUAUAACAGAACUGGAGGAUGCUUUUUCAAGGCAGGUCAAAUCUCUUGCAGAAUCAAUUGAUGAUGCACUAAAUUGCCGUAGUUUACAUUCGGAUGAAGUCCAGACUCCUGAUCAAGUCAGAAGUCGUGAAAUGGAGAGGGAUAGUUGUAGUCAAAUUAAGCCAGCAAUCCAUAAUGUGGAUCACCGGAAACUUGAUGAGAUGACUGCAUCGUACAGUGAUGUUACAUUAUAUAUUGAUGAGGAAGAGUUAUCUCCACCUCUUCCCCUUUCCCAAUCAGUGGACAGACCAUCUAGCACAGAAUCUGACUUGAGGCUUCGAUCAAGGAACUCUUCUCAAGAGUACUGGUCCAUGACCCACAAGGAUGAUAAGAUAGACACUGAUACAAGCUGCAGGAGCACCCCUUCGCUGGAAUGCCAGGAGCAAAGGAUGAGAAUGGAUCAUCUGCCAUUGCUAACUAUAGAACCACCUAGUGAUAGUUCAGUGGACUUAAGUGAUCGCUCAGAAAGAGGCUCAUUAAAGAGACAAAAUGCGUAUGACCGGGGAAUCACUAGUCAACAAGGAAGCCCGAAACAUAUCCCACAUGGUAUUCCUACCAAAAUGAUAUCCCGAGAAGAACAGGAGGCUAGGCACAAGCCAAGACCCAUUGAUAGUCACUUAGCAAUUAAUGGCACUGCAAACAGGCAAAGCAAAUCAGAGUCUGAUUAUUCUGAUGGUGAUAAUGACAGCAUCAAUAGCACUUCCAAUUCUAACGACACAAUAAAUUGCAGCUCUGAGUCCUCUUCUAGAGACAGCCUAAGGGAACAAACCUUAAGCAAACAAACGUACCAUAAAGAAACUCGGAACAGCUGGGAUUCGCCUGCCUUCAGUAAUGAUGUUAUCAGAAAACGCCAUUACAGGAUUGGACUGAAUCUUUUUAAUAAAAAACCUGAAAAAGGAGUCCAGUACCUAAUUGAAAGAGGUUUCGUGCCAGACACUCCAGUUGGUGUCGCCCAUUUUCUCCUGCAAAGGAAAGGACUAAGCAGACAGAUGAUUGGAGAGUUUUUGGGCAACCGACAGAAGCAGUUCAACCGAGAUGUAUUGGACUGCGUGGUGGAUGAGAUGGACUUCUCAGCAAUGGAACUGGAUGAAGCACUCAGGAAAUUUCAGGCUCAUAUCCGUGUUCAAGGAGAAGCUCAGAAAGUAGAACGACUCAUUGAAGCUUUUAGCCAGCGAUACUGUAUCUGCAAUCCCGGCGUUGUGAGGCAGUUCCGAAAUCCUGAUACCAUCUUCAUCCUAGCUUUUGCAAUCAUACUGUUAAACACAGACAUGUAUAGCCCAAAUGUGAAACCAGAACGCAAGAUGAAGCUUGAAGAUUUUGUUAAGAAUCUAAGGGGCGUAGAUGAUGGUGAAGAUAUCCCACGAGAGAUGCUGAUUGGAAUAUACGAGCGAAUCCGCAAACGGGAACUGAAGACAAAUGAGGAUCACGUAUCCCAGGUCCAAAAGGUCGAAAAACUCAUUGUAGGAAAGAAACCAAUUGGAUCUCUGCAUCAUGGACUUGGUUGUGUUCUCUCUUUACCCCACCGGAGACUUGUUUGCUACUGUAGGUUGUUUGAAGUUCCAGACCCAAAUAAACCUCAGAAGCUUGGUCUGCACCAGCGAGAAAUAUUUUUAUUUAAUGACCUUCUUGUGGUUACCAAGAUCUUUCAAAAGAAGAAGAAUUCGGUCACGUAUAGUUUUCGACAGUCCUUUUCCCUCUAUGGAAUGCAAGUUCUUCUUUUUGAGAAUCAGUAUUAUCCGAAUGGCAUUCGGCUUACAUCAGCUGUUCCAGGAGCAGAUAUCAAAGUCCUAAUAAAUUUCAAUGCACCCAAUCCUCAGGAUAGAAAGAAAUUUACGGAUGACUUGAGAGAGUCUAUUGCAGAAGUUCAAGAAAUGGAAAAGCACAGAAUAGAGUGUAAGUACAAAGCUGAGCUAGAAAAACAGAAAGGUGUGGUACGUCCAAGCAUCUCCCAGUGCUCCAGCCUCAAAAAAGAAUCUGGCAAUGGGACGCUGAACAGAGCCUGCCUGGAUGACAGCUAUGCCACUGGGGAGGGACUGAAAAGGAGUGCACUCAGCAGCUCCCUCAGAGACCUCUCUGAAGCUGGCAAGCGUGGGCGUCGCAGCAGUGCAGGAUCGCUAGACAGCAAUAUGGAAGGGUCCAUCAUUAGCAGUCCUCACAUGCGCCGAAGAGCUACAUCAACCCGAGAGUGUCCAUCUCGCCCUCACCAGACUAUGCCUAACUCUUCCUCACUCCUAGGUUCCUUGUUUGGUAGUAAAAGGGGGAAGCCACCUUCCCAAGGCCAUCCACCAUCUGGCCCAUCGCAGCAGCCUCAGCAUCCACCUGUAAUCCCGCACCAGCAACACUCUCAGCAUCCUUCUGCCAUGCACCAUGCAGGGGUAGCUGAGGGGCAGACGCAGGCACAAGUGCACACUCACCAUUCACAGUACUGUCACAUGCAGCAGAACCCACCCCCUUAUCAUCACCAUCACCACUAUCAUCCUCCACAGCACAUGCAGCACACGCACCAGUACCACCCACAUGUGCCUCAUUCUCAGCAUGCGGCGCAUUCUUCUUACAUGCAGCACCCUCAUUCCCAACAUUCCCAUCCUCCCCAUCCUCCAUUGCCCCCUCCUCACCCUGGGCACUCUUCUCAUUCCCAACAUGCUCAGCAUCACCAUGGACAGUCAGCUCCUCCUUCCACUUCAACCAGCGCUAAGCCCAAACACAGUGGCAUCAGCACAAUAGUCUAGAUAUAUUUGUCCUUCUAAUAAUGGUAGUUUUAGGCAUGGUUAUAAAGGCACUUAAAGGAAGCAGCAAAUAAAACUGUAGAUUUUUACUCAGCCAAACAAUUUAUUUGACUUCUGCAAGCUUAAGGGCUUGCUGUUACUCAAUACAACAAUUUGAAUUAGUGUGAUCAAUAUUGGUUUUACUUAUCUGCUCAGUGGAGGCCUGCCUACUGGACAGUCCUUAUCUUCAAUUGCCUUGAAAACAUGCUGCUUGCUGAAUACAAGUUAAGCUUCCUUUUUCGCCAGAUCCCAUGACAAUUUUACAUGCAUAAUAAAAACGUAACCUAUUUAAAAAAAAUGAUUCAGAACCAAGUACUGCAUUCUUGCUCUUUUAUUGUCAAUAGGCAAAAAAAUAAGUAGACCUGAUAUGGUUGAUGAAAUUUCAGCAUUUUGAGCCACUGCAAGGACUUUACACCUUAAUGGUAGAAACAAAGGAACCAGAACUGCAAAACUCCACCUGCUAAAAUGCAAAACUUGAAGGAGGAGGAAAAAAAAGAAGUUCCAAUGUGAGAUGGGUAAAAAGAAUUGG